AUGGUUGUGAUGGAGGAAAUCGUGGGACGUGCUGACGGACGCCCGCGAGAAGAAAACUCUGACAAGAGGCAGCAGCCCACCACAUGUGGAGCAAUAUUGACACAGUUGAGCAAUGUUCUUUGCAAUGGGAGCGAAGAUCCUGCCAUCAACGGCAAAGGGAAGGAGGUAGUGGAGGAGGCAGCCAGGUUGGUGAGGGAGUUGAAGGUCAAACUGGGGGAGGUGAUGCUGGCCAAGGUGGAAGACGCGACCGUGGCGACACGCGCACAACGCCAACCCGAAGGAGUGAAAGAAGCCAAACUGUCAUCAUGGGCCAAGGUCGCAGGACAGGGAAUUCCAGAAAAACCAGUGCCUAACCGAACCCUCCGCGAGAUUACUGUCCUACACCGGGACUGCGAAGCCCUCCCAGCUGAGGAGGCCACCCCCCCAGCGAUUGUGGCAGCCGUCAACGCCAGAAUUAUGGAUGUGACAAAGGGAAAGCAGCACAUGGCUGGAAGUCUUGGGACAAAAGGCGAAGGCAAGCACACCCUGUACCCAGUCAUGGUUAAGGGAGUCCCAAUGGGCAACACCAACUGGAAGGAGGAACAGCAAGCCAUCAAGGCAAUUUACGCACAGAAUGAAGGACUCCGAAGAGGGGUACAAAUUGAGAGACUGUCUCUACGACGGAAUGCCAGCUUGCAGGCAAAGGUUGGGUCUCUUGUACUCAGCGUCACCUCGCCUCAGCAAGCCAACCUACUAGUAGACAAUGGAUUGAUAAUAGACAGCAUAUUUUGUGACGUUGAAAUCUUCCACCGGGAAGCGCAGGUCACCCGGUGCUUUAACUGCCAUGAGCAGGCCAAAAGGUGCGGGUUCUGCGCGGCAAAAGAACAUGACGACAAGGAAUGCCCAGCACGAAAAGCUGGGGAACAACCGAGCACCACAGAGCUCACAACCUGGGUCUCAGCUACAGGAGGACCUAAUGGACUACACGCAGACCCCAGCCCCCACGCAACAAUGACGGACACACUAAACCUCCUACAAUAUAACGUGCACAACUCUGCGAGAGUUAUGGUCAAUGUGUAUGCACCUCCUCCAGGGGGCUACAGCAGUGAACCGGAGGAAUCCCCCAUAGGCCAGCUGCAGGAGGUAGCCGGAAUGGGCACAGAUGCAGAGCUGGUCAUAUUAGGAGAUCUUAAUGUCCACCAUGAGAGGUGGGGAGGGGUGAGAGUGGAGAGAAACUUCCGCAUGGCAUGGCAGCUAAUAGCACAGGUGGAUAGGCUGGGUCUCCAGCUUGCCACACCUGUAGGGGCUACCACAUGGCAGGACAGAGGCAGCCCAGGAACAACUAUAGACCUCACCUUUCUAUCACCACUCCUGCACGACAAGCUCAGGAGGUGUGCAAUAGCGGAGGAGGCAUGCAAAGGAUCUGACCAUAAGCCCAUAGAAACAACACUGGAACUCACACCCAUCCCAAAGGAGGCUGAGAGACGAAACUGGAAGAAUACGGAGCCUGAGGAUGUAGCAAGGGACUGCCAAAAGCUAUAUGUGCCACAAAGCCUGGACUCCAGGCAAGCAGUCAAGGAGUAUGCAGACUACCUGGUAGGAUUUGUAGGGACAUUAGCGGACAAACACGCCACCGUAAUGGAGGAGUACAAGCAGGCUAGGAGGUCCCAGCUCCCAGAAAUGGAGCGGCUCAGGGCACGCUGCAAGCGCAACAGAGAAAUCCACUUGGCUAAGACAGCAAACUUCAGAGAUCUGGUUGACAGGACCCGUGAUGACCCCAGAUUGAUGUGGGGACUAGCAAAAUGGGGCAAGGAAAGAAGCCAUCUGCCCCCACAGGCACCUACUGUCCCCCCCCUGAGAACAGGGGAAGGGGCUGACGCGACGGUAGAAACCUCUUUUGAGGGGAAGGCUGAGGCAUUACGACAACGGUUCUUCCCACAGCCAGAGCCCGCCGACUUAAGUGACACCAAUAUGGAGCUGCUGCAAGCUGAAAGGGAAGCGUCAAAUGACACCAUCAGUGUGGAGGACAUGGAAAGCCUGAUCCAGAGACUGCCAAACAGGAAGGCACCAGGGAGGAGUGGGAUCACCAACGAGUUCCUUAAGAUGCUGGGCAGAACAUUUGUGGAGGCCAUAACAGCUCUCACCAAUGCAUGCUGGCAUUGGGAGACUUACCCAGACACGUUUAAGGAAGCCAAGACAGUGGCCUUGCGCAAGCCAGGGAAGGCUGACUACCAGACUGCAGGAGCGUGGAGACCCAUUGCCUUGCUGGACACAAUAGGGAAGAUUGUGGAGGCAGCAACUGCAAAACGCCUGCGGAGGACCACAACCUGCUACCCUCACAGCAAAUGGGGGCAAGAAGGGGCAGCCCAGAUAAGGACAGUGUGGCAGCACCCAGGACAGGUGGCAUCGGUACUCUCCCUAGACAUGACAGGGGCCUAUGACAAGGUGCUGCGGGAGCGAAUGGUUCACAUCCUCCGGCGACUGGGCAUCCCCAGGGACCUGGUGGGAUGGGUUGCGUCCUUCAUGACCAACAGGAAAUCCACAAUUGCCUUUGAGGGCCAGGAAUCAGACACCUUUGACAUCCCAGCAGUCAUCCCGCAGGGGUCACCCCUAUCACCUAUACUAUUCCUAUUCUACAAUGAGGAACUGGUGCGCAUCUGCUCAAGACCGGGGCGCCCGGUGGUGUGCAUAGCCUUUGUAGAUGAUGUCAACGUGAUGGCCUAUGGCCAGUCCACUGAGGACAACUGCAGGGAGCUCCUGCGCAUGCAUCGGGCAUGCGAGGAGUGGGCAGCACGGCACGGGGCGGUCUUUGCCCCCCAGAAGUAUGAGCUAAUGCACUUCACACGGGCGCGCAACCAAUUCAACCUACAGGCCGAGCUGAGACUGCCAGGACAAACUAUACAACCGAAACAGGUGAUGAGGGUAUUGGGUGUAUGGUUAGACUCUAGGCUGAGAUGGAAGGGCCACCUGGACGCGGUGGCAGGCAAGAUGAAGACUCAAGUCAGAGCACUGUCCCAAACCACCCAAUCCACAUGGGGGCUCCCACUACGACAAGCGAGAAUGGUGUAUAACAUGGUCAUCAGGCCGGCCCUGACCUAUGGAGCAAUAGCAUGGCACCAGCCACAGGGGCAGGGGGGCACGGGUCCAGCUAAGCCAGGACUGGCCCUCAAGCUGACCACAGUGCAGAACUCCUGCCUCAGAAUAGUGGCAGGGGCAUACAAAAGAACCCCAACAAGCACACUGGAAGCGGAAACCCACACAGUACCCUUAGACAUCCACCUGGAUGGGCUAGUGGCAAAGGCGGUCAACAGGAUGAAGGCCUCAGGAAUGGCGCAACAAAUUGAGAAUGCGUGUGCGGCCAUAAGGACCAGGCUUCGGCACCGGGGGGUGACAAGGGGGGCACAGAGACACAUGGGAGCUGUGGUUCACCCGGCAGCCCUGCCAGUGGACUGGGAACAGCAACGGAUUCAGGGUGCUAAGGAGAGAGCCACAGCAGAGAUGACACCUGAACAACGAGCCAACCUGGACCAAGCCUCAUAUAAUCACUGGCUGAAGCGCGAGCAGCUCUGGAGGUGGGUGCAGAGGUGGAAAAGACGUGAGCCCCCCUGGGGGGAGCGGCAUGGCCGGCCCCCAGACAAGAAAAUUCUGAAGUGGCACACCGGCCUGCGCAAGGCUCGCAGCACUAUCAUCAUCCAAUUGAGGUCAGGGAAAACCGGACUGGCAGCGUUCCUAAACCGGUGUAAGGUACCUGAAUUCCCCACCCCACGGUGCCCCUGUGGGUAUGAAUGGGAAACAGUCGAACAUGUUCUGAUACACUGCGGACGCUGGGAGCAGCAGCGUCAGGGCCUUAUAAGAAAUGGCAGGCUAGACAAGAGGAUGCUGCUAGACACCAAGGAAGGCCUGCAUCUCCUGUCAAACUGGUGGAUGGAGAGCGGGAUUCUAGGCCAGUUCACAUUAGCACGCGAGCUGACACACUAUGUACCAUAA